AUGGUGCUUAGGUGUAAAAACUAUUGUUGUGUUUUGUUCGCCUUAUUAUUUACAUCGGCAAUUAGGGCAUCAGUCCUAAAAGAAGUAUUAGAAGACCAUUUUAAAGAUUUAGCGCACAAUGAAGGCGUGGAGUUGAUCAAACAUGAUAAGCAGAAGGGCGAGAAAAAUCAUCACAUUGAAAGCCAAAUUAAUGACAGCCAAACGAAUCAAUACUCUAAAGCCAGUGAUAACACUAAAUAUUUAAAAAAAGAACAUGAUAGUAAUAAGUCUUCUGACAAUGACGCAUAUUCAGGAUAUAAUACAAAACAAGACAAAAACGAGGAUAACGAGACCACCGGAUUUAAAAGAGGACAUAAAAAGGGUCAUCAUAAACAAGGAUUUCAAAAUUCCUAUCACAAAGAUGAAUCUUCCAACAAAAGCACCUAUUUUGACGACUUUAAUGACGAAGGUGAUCAGUCUGCUUAUAAUGCAAAAUCAAACAGUUAUGAUAAUCAUGGCGGCAGGAGCUAUAAAGGCACUCAUAACAAUGGGCAGGAAUAUAUUCGCAAUAAUUUCGAUAGCAGAGGACAUAACAGGUACGGAGACGUCGGAAAUAAACAAAUAGGUCACCAAGAUUAUGCGAAAAAACAUUACCUCGAUGACUAUGAAAACUAUAAUAAACAUCGUAAUAAUCGUGGAAGUUACAGCAGGGACAACAUUAGCAAUCGUUAUCAUUAUCAACAUCCACAAAGCUACCCGGAACGUGGUUGGGAUUGGCAGAAUUGGGAAGACCGUAACCGUUGGGAGCGUCCUCAAUGGAACAGAGAUGAAGGUUGGGGCCACGAUUAUGGAGGAUCCGGUUACCACGACGAAGGUGUUUAUGGAUAUGGUCCAAAUUACGGAUAUGGUUUUGAAGAAUCACAAGCAACACCUGUAGCUCAAUCUCCAGCCCAUUUACCGGUUGUUGCCCAAAGAAAACAAACAAUAACUAUUUACGAAGAUCCUAGAUAUGACGGGAGUGAUAGAAGAAAACUAAGGCACGAGGAAGGGGAUUAUUUACAUCUUGAUUUUAAACCCAGCCAUGAAAGAUACGGCAGCUAUGAUGAUACCUAUUACAAUGCACCAAACAGACAAGGAGCUAUGGAAACUAGUAGAAUCAAUCGACUGGUUUACAAUUAUCGGCGCCAUUAG